CUUUCAAGCUCCCUAGCUUUGAACUAAUUUCGAUAUACUAUGUGCUGAUACUUUCCAGGCAAUGAUUCUUCGUUAUAAUGCGCUAUAAACCAGUGCAUAAAUGUUAACAACAAUACCAUACCUGCGCAUACGGCGCCCCUCGCCCACUACCGCUGAAUUUGUCGUUUCAACACUCCCACCACCAACUAUAGCACUGCGACUCGCUCUCACUGCCGUAUACUUCGUGCGUCUCGUGUUAGGCCUCGCUGUCCUACUCUUGUUAUAUUCAGCUUGGGCCCAGAGCCCAUACUCCCCUGCUUCUGCGACAACGAACCCUCUAGACCCAUCGCAAGCACCUACAUCGCCAGCAUAUGCAGAUACCACUCCCUCCGACACUAUUGCCCCCAAUGCUGCCGCAUCCAAUUGUGUCACAAACGACAGCCCUCUGUUCUCUCUUGCUGGCCUCCAACAUACUCUACAAAUAGUCCUCUGCUCCCGCGUAGGGACUCUCUCUACAUCCCUCGCAGCCUCGAUUCCCCCCUGGGUUCUAAUCCCCACCUCGCUCGCUACGCUUUACCUCUUAUCCCUACGUGUCGGCAUCGAAGAACGACUCCUCGUCCUCCGCGGUCUCGGGAUCCAGACGAGUUCUAGCGGUGCGACUAUCUUCAGUUCCUUAAAGACACGGUUUAUACCCACCGACAAGAUACAAGAUGUCCUGAUCAACGAAGCCUUCCGCGGGUUCGAAGUCCGGCAUUAUUUGGUCGUAGUUGUGGAAGGGGAAGAGCAUGUGGUAGUUGUGUUUCCAAGAUUAUUACCGCGUCCGAGGAUCGUAGAGAAGGUUUGGAGGGGUGUGAGGGCGUGUCUGCAUGAACACGAUGGAGAGCUGAAGCGUGAUGGCAAGAGUUAGAGACGCUUGCUAUUAUCGGAAGAAAUGAGUAAUAUAGAUUGGGUAUAAUGAGAUUGGCGUACGGUAUGGACUUUUAUG